AUGUCGAGCUCGGCAGCAGUGCAUAGCUCUGUGGCUCUAACACUUAUCCCUCUUGUCAUCGUAGCUUGUGCGAUCAGCUAUCUCGUGGGGGCAUACCGCAGCUACCAACGGCUUAGUCAUUUCAAAGGUCCUCCUCUGGCUGCGUUCACCAGCUUGUGGCUUGCUUCACAGGCCAUCAAUGCGCGGAUGCCAACUGCUCAGAAGGAGGCACUUAGAAAAUAUGGGUCACCAGCGCGAAUCGGACCCAGCUUGCUGGUCACGGAUGAUCCUGAGCUUUUACGGCACAUGAGCGCUCCUAGGUCCAAAUGGACGCGGAGUUCGUGGUACGACGGCAUGAAGCUAGAUCCCAGAGUGAACAACAUCUUCUCCGAGCGCGACGAGCGACGCCAUGCGGAGAUGAGAUCAAAAAUGAUAGGGGCAUAUUCUGGGAAAGAAGUCGACACUCUGGAGUCCGACAUCGACGAGAAUCUGCAGAGAUUGUUGGCUCUGAUCAAGCGAGAGUACAACGGCAAACCUCUCGACAUGUCACUGUUGGCAUCCUUUUUCACUCUAGACGUGCUCUCCCAAAUCGCUUUUGGGGAUGCCUUUGGCUUCAUCACCGCUAACGAAGACCUUUACAACUUCAAUAAGAUUGCAAAUCAGUUCUUCAAAGUCAUCGAACUCAUUGUCAAUCAUGACACUCUGCGCAAAUUCAUCCAAAGCAGGCCCAUGCAGAAACUCUUGGCCCCAAAAGGCACAGACGAAUUUGGUCAGGGCCGCAUUAUCGGCAUUGCUCAAAAGGCAGUCGCUGAACGCUAUCGGCCAGAUGCAAAGGUCAAAAGGGAUAUGCUUGGACACUUUAUUGCAAAGGGUCUCAGCCAGACACAAGCUGAGGCCGAGUCUCAUCUGCAGAUCAUUGCAGGCUCUGACUCGACAUCAUCGGCCCUGCGGAUCACGAUGAUGAUGUUGGUCGGCAAUCCUGUGGCGUAUCGAAAGCUCGUCGCUGAAAUUGACAAAGCCGUUGCCGACGGCAAGAUCUCCUAUCCCAUCGUCAAAUACAGUGAGGCGGCUGAGCUCGAGUAUCUGUCGGCGUGCAUCUGGGAGGGCAUCAGACUCUUUCCACCGCUGUUUGGCCUCCAGACCAAGCUCGCUCCGCCCGAGGGAGAGACAAUCAACGGAGUCUUCUAUCCUCCGGGAACUCAAGUGGCAUUCUGCUGCGAAGGCGUUGGACGGAGAACGGACAUCUUCGGAGCAGACGCAGAUUUGUAUCGGCCUGAUAGAUGGCUACAUCCCGAUCCCGAAGUGAGGGCAAAAUACUUGAGGACGGCCGAGUUGAUGUUUGGGAGUGGAAGGUUCGCGUGCCUGGGCAAGAAUAUUGCCAUGAUGGAAUUGCACAAAGCAUUUGUCGAGCUGCUGAGAAACUUCGACUGGGCGCUCCUGGAUCCCAUCAAGGGCGCCACAUCGAUUGCCCAUGGUAUCUGGGUGCAGGAGGGCAUGAUGAUGAUUGCCUGGCCCCGACAGGUCUAG